GGUGCACGUAAGCAACAUUGCAGCAUCCAGCACUUCAGUGAGCAAGGACUUGCAGCCCUCCCUGUCCCCUGGCAGCAGUGACCUCACCAGGAGCAAAAGCACCUCUCAGUUGUGAGAGCUGACAGAAUGAGGUGUGUGGGGGAAGCCAUUAGCUGGAACUUGUCCUUUCCUGACUGCCUCUGCAUCCCCCAGCCAGCCCCAGACCACUGAGUCAACGAUGGCAGAGAAAGGUGACUGCAUCGCCAGUGUCUACGGGUAUGACCUUGGUGGGCGCUUCAUUGACUUCCAACCCUUAGGCUUUGGGGUCAAUGGGCUGGUGCUGUCGGCUAUGGACAGCAGGGCUUGCCGGAAGGUAGCUGUGAAGAAGAUUGCUCUGAGUGAUGCCCGAAGCAUGAAGCAUGCCCUCCGAGAAAUCAAAAUCAUCCGGCGCCUGGACCAUGACAAUAUUGUCAAGGUGUAUGAGGUACUAGGACCCAAGGGUAGCGAUCUGCAGGGCGAGCUCUUCAAGUUCAGUGUGGCCUACAUUGUCCAAGAGUACAUGGAGACUGACCUGGCACGCUUGCUGGAGCAGGGCACACUGACCGAGGAGCAUGCCAAGCUGUUCAUGUACCAGCUGCUCCGUGGGCUCAAGUACAUCCACUCUGCUAAUGUGUUGCAUAGGGACCUGAAGCCCGCCAACAUUUUUAUCAGCACUGAGGACCUCGUGCUCAAGAUUGGGGAUUUCGGUUUGGCAAGAAUCGUGGAUCAGCAUUACUCACAUAAGGGUUAUCUGUCAGAAGGGUUGGUGACAAAGUGGUACCGCUCUCCACGACUGCUCCUGUCCCCCAACAACUACACAAAAGCCAUCGAUAUGUGGGCAGCUGGCUGCAUCCUAGCUGAGAUGCUCACGGGGAAAAUGCUCUUCGCUGGGGCUCAUGAGCUGGAGCAGAUGCAGCUCAUCCUAGAGACCAUCCCUGUGGUCCGGGAGGAAGACAAGGAGGAGCUGCUCAAGGUGAUGCCGACCUUUGUCAACAGCACCUGGGAGGUGAAGCGGCCACUACGCAAGUUGCUCCCUGAUGUCAACAGUGAAGCCAUCGACUUUCUGGAGAAGAUCUUGACCUUUAACCCCAUGGACCGCUUAACAGCUGAGAUGGGGUUGCAGCACCCCUACAUGAGCCCUUAUUCAUGUCCCGAGGAUGAGCCCACCUCACAACACCCCUUCCGCAUUGAAGACGAGAUCGAUGACAUCGUGUUGAUGGCUGCCAGUCAGAGCCAGCUCUCCAACUGGGACAGGUAUCCUGUGAGCCUGUCAUCAGAUCUGGAGUGGAGGCCUGAUCGGUGCCAGGAUGCUAGCGAGGUGCAGCGCGACCCACGUGCUGGCUCUGCAUCACUGGCCGAGGAUGUUCAGGUGGACCCACGCAAAGACUCACAAAGCAGCUCCGAGCGCUUCCUGGAACAAUCGCACUCCUCAAUGGAGCGUGCCUUCGAGGCCGACUAUGGGCGCUCCUGUGACUACAAGGUCGGCUCCCCAUCCUACCUAGAUAAGCUGCUGUGGCGCGACAACAAGCCCCACCACUACUCAGAACCCAAGCUCAUCCUGGACCUCUCACACUGGAAGCAGGCAGCCAGCACGGCCCCCAUGGCUGCAGUAGCAGCAGACCCAAUGUCAUGUGAGGACGAACCAGCCAGCCUCUUCCUAGAGAUCGCUCAGUGGGUCAAGAGCACGCAAAGUGGCCCUGAGCGAGUCAGUCCUCCCCCUGAUGUGCCAGAGCACCGCCUCUCUGCCUCGCCCCCAGGACACCCAACACCCGUCGAUGGGGGUGCCAGUCCCCAGUUCGACUUAGAUGUGUUCAUCUCGCGUGCUCUAAAGCUCUGCACCAAACCUGAGGACCUACCGGAAAACAAACUGGGUGAUCUCAAUGGUGCGUGCAUCUCUGAGCACCCUGGCGACCUCGUCCAGACAGAGGCCUUCUCCAAAGAAAGGUGGUGAGCACAGAAGGAGCGCGGGAGAACUUCCGGAGCAAGCUGCCACCACCCAGAAAGCCAGACCACUUCCUUGCUCCCCUAGCACUUCCUUCAGCCCCUCUCUGCUGCAUUGGGGUUAGCAGAACACCUGAGGAUCCAGGGAGCGAGAGGAAUGUUUAUUUCUUAAACUGCCUUAAUAACUAGCCUUUAACCUCUGGGAGCGGUAUUGAAUGGAGCCUGACUGGGGGCUAUCACUUUCCCAUCGAAGGGGAAGCCUGUGUUUUAUAAAUGACAGUAUGCAGGGAAGAAAGGGAUCUCCGACAGCAGUCUACAGACCUACCAGGGUCAAGAGGGCAGAAGCAGCUUGCAGAUAUAUUUUCCAAGCCAUGUGACCCACCUAGGCUCAAAUGGCCAUUUGGGCCCAGAGAAGCGGUGUCUGACUUAGGACCACAGGCCAAGUGAAUGUCAGGGUAUAAGUCUGAAUCCCAGCCCCCCCCCCAACAAGUGUCUGACCACAGUAUAAUGUCUUCCUCUGCUAGGGUCAUUCUGGCUUUUUGGUCAGCAAACUUGGUCCCGAGUGCUCCUUGCUGUCCCUUACCAUCUGUCCCAUCCAUUCCUUUAAUUUAGAACGUUUCCUGUAUUCUGCAACUAGUGUCUCCUAACCACCAGACAUUUUU